AUGGGUAAAGAUGGAGAAUCUUCUUCUUCUUUUGACUUCCAUCCUGCUCUAGGUGUUAACAAUAUCAAGAAUAUCAUUCCACUUAUUCUUGACCAUGAAAACGUGCAAUAUUCAAAUUGGGUAGAAUUGUUUGAAUGUCAUGCCCACGCAUAUAAUGUGCUUGAUCAUAUUGACCCUAAAACGCCUAAGCCGACGGAUUUAUCGGGUGAUAUGUGGACACGUCUUGACUCCAUUGUCAAGAAUUGGAUUUAUGGUACAAUUUCUGAGGAUUUGUUGGAGACAAUUCUGUGUCAACAGAUUUGGGACAAACUCAAGGCUAUAUUUCAAGAUAGUAAACAAACAAGAGCCGUUUAUCUUGAAAAUCAAUUUAAUGCUCUGCAUCUCUAUAAUUUUGCAGACAUCUCUUAG